CUUGAAAGAUCCAAGACGAACUUCAUAAUUGUUCAUUGACACCAAAGCAGUGAAAAGUUGUGUUUAUAAUUCAUUUUAUUAUUAAUUAAAUAUCAGAGUCACUCAGUGUAGUUGUAAAUAAACAUAGUAUUAAAUAAAUAAUAGGAAUUCAUAAAAUAAGUGAGAAAAAAAAGUGUCUUUAAACCUUGUUGCAAUUUUUGCAAAUUAUUAUAAAACAAUGUCUACAAGUGAGCAAGAUGUAAGCGAUUCCAAUUUGGAAUCGCCGUUUUCGCAAUCUGAUUCACCGUACAGUUCGCCGUCUCAUCAGGUUCCACAGCUAGCCAAUAUAAUUUCAGACUUAUCAUGUGCCGAAAAUACAAAUAUGCCAAAAGGCAAUAUGCCAUAUCUCAGUAUUGUGGAACAACCGCAGAACCACUUUAGAUUCCGAUACAAAAGUGAAAUGAUUGGAACGCAUGGUUGUCUGUUGGGAAAGUCCUAUGCCACAAGUAAAUCCAAAUCACAUCCAACUGUUGAGCUAAGAAACUAUACUGGGAGGGCGCUUGUAAGAUGUAGGUUAGCUAGGCAUGAUUCUGCUGAUGAACAUCCUCAUAAAUUACUAGAGGAAGAUCAGGAUAGAGACGUCCAUAGCUGGUUACCGGAAAAAGGAAGCUAUCGAGUUGCAUUUAGGGGAAUGGGUAUAAUACACACGGCGAAAAAAGAUGUUCCCGCACUAUUAUACAAAAGAUACGCCUCAGAGAAACCAGAAACGGCCUUUAAUGAAAAUAAGCUAAGAUUGAAAUGCGAGAACGAGGCGAAGAAUAUUAAUUUGAAUAUAGUCAGAUUGAAGUUCAGCGCUCACGAUCCAAACACCGAUGCUGAAAUUUGUCCGCCAGUUUACUCAGAGUGGAUACAUAAUAUGAAGAGUGCAGCAACAAAUGAUCUUAAGAUCUGUCGUAUGAGCCGCUGUUACGGCCGACCGAAAGGCAAAGAGGACGUCUUCAUAUUUGUUGAAAAAGUAAAUAAGAAAAACAUAAUGAUAAAAUUCUUCGAACUGGACAAAUAUGGAGAAAGGGUUUGGUCUAAAAUGGCGACUUUCUUGCAGAGCGACGUACACCACCAAUACGGCAUUGUAUUCAGGACACCAGAAUACCAUAACUUACAUAUUACGUCAGAUGUGAAGGUAUUCAUAGAAUUGGUUAGACCGAGCGACGGCAGGACCAGCGAACCAAAGGAGUUCACAUACAAAGCUGAAACUAUAUAUAUACAGAAUAAAAAAAGGAAAGCUAACUCAUCAUUCUCCUCUAUAGGAAGUUCAGGUAGUUCAAUAAAAAGUGUCAGUGACCUGCCAACAACUGUAGAGUAUGCUAAUCAAUUCGGAGAAUUUAAUAAUAUGACUAACAAUGGCAUUGAAGUAAUGGACCAUCCGCCGGUUGCGCCGAUGUACCAUUUCAAAGUACCCCAAAACCAAAUAGCCCCAACAGAGGAGUCGAUGAUGGCGGAUGCCCUAUUGCACUCGUAUGUGGGUUCCAAUCCCGUACAGUCCAAGGCUAUGAGUCCUCUCCUCAGUCAGCCGAACGUGCCCGAACCCCCCGUACUACAGCUCCACUCGUCUGAAUUGGACCGAGUUCUUGAACAAGACAUUGAUUUACUUAGUGAAGACAAAAAACGAUUUUUCAGUACUGAUCUCGGAGAUUACUUCGAACAAUAUGACGGCGUUGAGCGCAGCACGAUGGAAUGGAUCAAGUCAUCAAUGAUGGUCGCCGAUUCUGCAAAACGAAGCGAAAAGAACACAAAGUACAAGGAAUUAUUGAAGUCGGAGGUAAAAGAUGAACCGAAAAGCAAUGUCAUAAGAAAACCACCAAGUGAGUACUCCGCGCUCUAUAAGGCGGAAGACGGAGUCGAAGUUCAGAAACUCAUCAAGGAACUCUGUGAAAUGAUGAGAAACAAGGACGGUAUCAAGAAGCAGGAUGUGAGAAGCAAGUUGGACAGGCUCUUGGAGAUGAGACUGUCCAAUGGUGACACUUUUCUCCACCUGACCCUGAGCAGUAAUCAGCCGAGCUUGGAAUAUAUUGUGAAGUUGAUUUAUAACAUGAAGAUGACUAAGUUAUUGAACUUGAAGAACAACCAAAUGCAGACUGUACUGCAUCUGGCUAUUAUCAAUGAUUCGCCGAAAUUAGUCUCUUUCCUUAUAUCGAAAGGUUGUGAUCCCAUGGAGGAAGACAAUGAAGGGAAUAAUGCACUGCAUUAUGCUGUCAUAUGUCAGACUUGCCUCGGACCGCUAUUGGAAUCCAUCAAGAAUAAUAACAUCAGUUACGAUAUAGACGCUUACAACAAUGAGAAACAGACAGCUUUACAUCUAUCGUCGGUGUACGGUUGUCGUAAGAGCGCGACCUUGUUGUUGUCUGCUGGCGCGAAAUGGGACGCUCGCGAUGGAGACGGCCGUACAGCCCUCCACCUCGCCGUACUCGACGACUGUUUACCAGUCGCAAAUGAACUGCUAGAGAAGCCGGUUAGUAUGGUGGAUGUAGACGCCUUGGAUGGAAAAGGCUACACAGCGCUACAGAUAGCCUGCGAUAGUGUGAUCAGAGAAAACACCUUAGAGAUUGUGAAACUUUUACUAGACAAGAAGGCUGAUCCCCUGAAACACGAAGAAAACAACCAUUCCGCGUGGAGGCUGGCGCGAGAUAAGCCACAACUAGCAAAACUUAUGAGAAAAUAUAUAAGUUCAGAAAAAAAUAUAGAAAUUGAUAUCAAAUCUGAGCCGGAGGACGACGACGACUCGGAAGAAAAGGAUACAGAAUCGGAUCUUACAGCAUUACCAAUGUAUAUUGAUCGGGUUGCAGUCUUACUGGAUAAUAAUGGAGGCUGGAAGGAAUUAAUGGGAAGGCUUGAUAAGGAUUCCUAUUACUCCUGGUAUAAAGCCACUGACAGUCCCGCAAGAACACUCUUGAACCAUCUUAAGGGUUGGAAUGAGGGUGUGUCUUCAAAGUCUUUGGCAUUGUUGUUGGAUGACAUCGGACAACAUGAAGCAGCAACUAUUAUUAAAGCCUGUAUCGAUGAACCAAAUAAAAACCUUAAGUGAUUUAGACAUAGACAGAUAGAUAGAUAGAUAGAUAGAUAGAUAUACUAUAUUUUGUUAUAUGCCCCAAUAAGUAAAUUAGGUAUGAAAUGUUAUAUAAGAAAAUUACAAAAAGUUAACAUUACUGUUAGUAAACAAUUACUUCCAGGUAAAAUUUUGUGUUAAAAAACAAAUGGAAGAUAGAAAUACGAUGAUUGGAAUUGUUACUGUUACUUAUGAUUUAAUUUUAAGAAUAAAAUACUUGGAUAUGGUCCUCAAAAUUAUAUAAUUUAAAAAUGUUAAUGAUUUGAGAGUCAUAAUAUAAGUUUUAUCACUUAUGAAGAAACAAUCACUGAAAAUCGGCUGAAACAGCUGAAAGGUCAUUACUGUGAUAUCUGAAAAGUUGACAGAUAUAACAUUAAUGUGCUUUUCAUUUGUCGUAAUAUAUAUUGUCCAAUUGUAAGACAUAGUCUUACAAUGAAUUAAUGAAGAGUUUCAUUUUAUUUUAAGCGCCAUCUAGUGACGAAUUUUGAAAAUGUUAGGAUCUAAGAUCCCUCCAAUAUGUUGGAGAAACUUGUAAUGCUUUUAUAUUUCGUGUUAAUAGAUAUUUGAAUGUUUUU